ACACACACACACACUCAGAACAGGAAAUGAGACUGACAGGCAGACAGCAAGCAGCACUCUGCACUGUGUUUGUCUGUUUGGAUGUAGCUGUGUUUCCAGAUUGCUUUAAAGACAUUCGGAGGACGGGACGUUUACUGGACAAUCAGCCGGGUGUGAACACAGCGCUGGAAACAGACGGAACCCAGCCCGAAAAGGCAAACUGAGAUUGUGCGGCGACGUCAGGCUGACGCUGGGCUCAGCUCCGACAUGUCCAGGCCGAGUCCACACUGAGGCCUCGGCCGCCGCCGCCGCCGCCGCCGUGGAGCAUGGAGCACGUGACGGUGAAGUAUGGAUAUGAGUACGCGGCCAGGGACGGCCGCCGUGUGUGCAUCAGGCCCGGGGAGACGUACGUCCUGCUCUCCAGGACCACCGAGCACUGGUGGCACGUGCGCCGGGACCCGCAGAGCAGGCCCUUCUACCUGCCGGCGCUGUACGUGAAGGAGCUUCCAGCCGCCUCUGCGGGCGGCGAGGCCGGCCGCACGCCGGACGCCAGGCCUCGAGCGUCCACGGCGCCACACCAGAGCCGCCUCUCUGCUUCUGGCUCCUGGGAAAACACACCCGGCGCGCGGAGGAGCAGCAGCUUCGCGCACACUCUGGAUGUCAAUGACACACACGUUGAAACGCGCAGCAGCUCCUUCUCUGCGCGCGACGACGGCCUGCAGCUGUACGCCCAGCCUCACCUCAAGGCAAAGGUCAAAGUGCAGCAGUCAGGAGCCUCAUGGCGGGACGAGGGAGGCGGAGGGGACACGGAGGACAUGAAGGACAUGGAGGACAUGGACUUCCCACCACCUCCUCCAGACAUGUUCGAGAUCAUCCCGGAGAUCAACGUCACACAGUUUGAGUCUGAAUCAGCCGUUUGUCUGGACUCGGCUGACCCUUUGACCUCCAGGCGGCGGAGUCUGAGUCCAGAGGCGUCCUGGAACCAGCAGGGGAAGAAUGAAAGUCUCCAGUCAGCUGUCUACGUCAACGUAGCUCAGCUCCGCCAGAGUCUCUCCGAGUCCCCCCCACCGGCCUCCUACCCUGAGCCAGAGGGAUGGGAGGUGCAUGUUGACCAGGAGAGUGGACAGGAGUACUACUACCACCCUGCCACGGGGCGCACCACCUGGGACAACCCGUUCCUCGACUCCCCCACGGACCCCGAGCCUGCAGAGGAGCUGUGCUCGCCCCCUCAGUCGCCCGCUCUCUCUCAGUCCACGGCCUCCCCCUCGGCGUGGACCGCAGACUGGGAGCAGCUGGUGGAUGCGACCAGUGGUCUGCCGUACUUCUACAACCCGAUGUCUGGGGAGACGUCCUGGGAGCCGCCGGAGCAGCCGAGCCCCUACACCCCUCAGAUGGAGCCCAUGAGCGUGCACAGGUUCCAUGAGGACGGGCCGCCGACCCUUCCUGAAGAGGACUACCCCCCAGAGGACUACCCCACGGCCGAGGCCCCGGAAGCCGAGGAGCUCCUCGCCACGGGGCCCCCCACCCUCCCGAAGGAGUUCACCUUCAGCCACGUGGGCCGGACCAUCAUCCCCCGGGCCAACCUGGACCGCAGCACGCCGGCCGGCUGGACGCUGACCGUGGAGCCCAGCGGGAUGUGGGUGUUCACCAGUGAAAACUCCCCAGACCAGUGGAUCAAGUCUGUGGAUGAUCGAGGUCAGACGUACUACUACCUGAGAGAUGGCUCCAAGUCCCAGUGGAGCCUGCCCGAGGCCCCGGUGAGUCCCGGACUGCACAUGGAGGAGAACGGCGUGGAGCCUGAAAACCCCUCGAUCUUCAAGAACUGGAGACACAGCAUGGGAGCGGUCCAGCUCGGUUCCUCCCAAGACGACGGGAGGUUCGUCCCGACUCACAGGAGGAACACGUCAGACUACAGCAGCGACAGCUCCAGCACCGGAAACUCCCCGGAGACGCAGCACAACGUGCAGAACUUGGAGAAAGCUGGAAUUCUUAAUAAAACGAAAGUAUGUGAGAAUGGAAAGAAAGUAAGGAAAAACUGGACACAGACGUGGACGGUUCUCCACGGAGGGGUGCUGACCUUCCAUAAAGACCCCAAAUCUGCUCCGACGGGGGCGCUGAACAGGACCAAUCAGAUUGUUCCGGAAGUUGCAGUGGAUCUGCGAGGAGCGACGAUAAGCUGGGCCUCGAAGGAAAAAUCAAGCAAAAAGAAUGUUUUAGAGCUUAAAGGAAAGAACGGCAUGGAGUUUCUGGUCCAGUACGACACUGAAAGCAUCAUCAACGACUGGUACAAAGUCUUAGUGGACACCAUACGGCAACUUGAAUACCAGGACCAGCAUCACUCUGAGGAUGAGGACACAGAUUUGUAUGAAAAGAUUGGAAACGUAGAGCGAGAGGAGAAGCUGGGAGUCGGCCUGGACGCCAAGCGGAGAGCCUCCAGGCCCAGCGUCACCAGCUCCACCUCCACCUCUGCAGCAGACACAGACCCCAAGAAAGUCCGAACCAAGCUGAUGAAGUUCCUGCUGAAGCGGCCGACUCUGCAGUCCGUCAAGGAAAAAGGUUACAUCAGAGACAACGUGUUCGGCUGCCAUCUGGAUACACUGUGUGCGCUUGAGAAGAGCACAGUUCCUAGUUUUGUGGAGAAAUGUAUUCGAGCUGUGGAGAAAAGAGGAUUAGACAUCGACGGCCUCUACAGAGUCAGCGGGAACCUCGCGGUCAUUCAGAAGCUUCGCUUCAAGGCUGAUCACGAGGAGCUGGACCUGGAGGACGGUCAGUGGGAGGACGUGCACGUCAUCACCGGAGCCUUAAAGUUGUUUUUCCGAGAGCUUCCUGAGCCACUUUUCCCGUUUAGCCACUUUCAUAAAUUCAUCGGAGCCAUCAAAAUUCCUGAUUACAACACAAAAUUGUCUCACAUCAUCGAGCUGGUCCAAAGUCUUCCUCCUUCAAACCAUGAUACCAUGAAACUUCUUUUUGGGCAUUUAAACAGGCUCAUCAAGUAUGGUGAAAACAAUCGUAUGACGGCCCAAAACGUGGCGAUUGUGUUCGGCCCGACGCUGCUCCGGCCAGAGAUGGAGUCCUCCAACCUGGCCAUGCACAUGAUCUACCAGAAUCAAAUCGUGGAAUUCAUCCUCAGGGAAUAUGAGCUCAUCUUCAACUCCAGUUAAAGCCGUCACAGGGCUCCACUGCAGCUGCAGCUGUCUGCAAGCGUGUCAAUGCUCCAUACUUCAUGUGCUCGGUUUACCUUUGCAAUGCACUUCAGCAGCUUCGCUGCAAAGUCUGAAGUUGACAAGUAAAAAAGACAAAAAAAUUAAUAAAGGGGCCUUCAUGUGUAACCAGACUAGAUGAGGGAUCUUCUGUAAUAAUAAUGUGAAGCCUGUUUAAACACUGUGUUGUCUGGAUUGUCUGCAUAGGAGGCUCACGCUGUUCAGACUAUCUGUGACAGUAUUGAAGGGUUGGAAAUGGAGCUGCACUCUUGUGAACAGGUGCAGCGCCAUUUCCUGUGUCAAAUCUACCAAGCUCGUUUCUUUGGUGGAAGAGAGACUGUUUCAAAGUGCCGUCUCAGUUCCCGAGACUUUUAGGCAUCGAAAAUUCACAAGUCACUUUCUGGAGAUAUUAAUGUUUUUGUUUUCUUCUAGUUGGUUUGAACAGCAGUGAAAUUAAAACCCAAGUCAAACAUGGGUGAAAUCACUCAAAUCCUCUUUACAGAAUGAUCAAGACUCACUUUAAUCUGUUUUUGAGGAAGUUUAAAGCUAUUGCAAUGUUUUGGACUUUAUCAUAUAUGGCAAUAACUGAGACAGAUUUCUAACAUAGCGUUUUAUUUUACUGGAAUUACUGGUACCCCUUUACUUUGUUGUUAUAUAGACAUGUUUAAAAACAUAAAUAUUAAUACCAACAACUUGCUGUGCAGUAGGAAGUGACUUAGGAUACUUGUGUAGAUUAUCUCUGCUGAAUUGUGAAGCGUCAUUUUUGAGUCAUGCUGUACUUGAAAAAUGUAUUAUAACAUCAUAGAAAUAAAAAAAAAAACUAGCAAUAAUGGAGAAGGAGCUGUUAUCAUGAGAGAGGGUAUAAGAAGAGAUUUGGGAUCUGUAAAUAGACAUAGAAG